UUGUGAAACUUCUGUUUGUCGGCGUCUUUUAUGUUGUUAAAACGUUUCCAAAACGUUCAAACGAUUGAGAAAAAUAUAAAUAAAGAACUACUGUGUUAUGUGUGUGUAAUUUAAUAGUAUAUGGUAAUUCAGUUACAAACUAAAUUUUUAUUACGUGCUUAGUUUGUGUAUAAUGCUAAGAUAGAAAGUGAAGAACAGGUUAGAAACACUUACUGUAAACCAGAAAAGCAGGUCAUAUUAAAAUGUCAAUUCCCCCGUAUUUACUGGGUCCUAACCCAUGGGCCACUAUAAUGGCCCAGCAGCAACAGCUUGCAGCUGCAGCCCAUGCACAAGCCCAGGUUGCAGCCGCUCAGGCCCAUGCCCAUGCUUUACAACAGCAAAUACCACCACCUCAUCCAAAACCUGAUAUUAUGACCGAGGACAAACUACAGGAGAAAGCUCAAAAAUGGCAUCAGUUGCAAUCAAAGAGGUUUGCAGACAAACGUAAACUAGGUUUUGUAGAUGCACAGAAAGAGGAUAUGCCCCCAGAACAUAUUAGAAAAAUCAUCAGAGAUCAUGGUGAUAUGAGCAGUAGAAAGUACCGGCAUGAUAAAAGGGUUUACUUAGGAGCUUUAAAAUACAUGCCCCAUGCUGUUAUGAAGCUUUUGGAAAACAUGCCCAUGCCAUGGGAACAAAUUCGGGAUGUCAAAGUCCUUUAUCACAUAACAGGAGCUAUAACAUUUGUGAAUGAGAUCCCAUGGGUUAUUGAGCCCAUAUAUAUCGCACAAUGGGGUACUAUGUGGAUCAUGAUGAGACGUGAAAAAAGAGACAGAAGACACUUUAAAAGAAUGAGAUUUCCUCCGUUUGAUGAUGAGGAACCUCCAUUGGAUUAUGCAGAUAAUGUCUUAGAUGUGGAGCCCUUAGAAGCUAUUCAAAUGGAACUAGACACUGAAGAAGAUGCUCCUGUUCUUAAAUGGUUUUAUGAUCAUAAACCACUAUUAGGAACCAAACAUGUUAAUGGCCCUACAUAUCGAAAAUGGAACCUCACAUUGCCCAUGAUGGCAACUUUAUAUCGACUUGCCAAUCAACUGUUGACAGACUUGGUUGAUACAAACUUCUUUUACUUAUUCGAUACAAAAAGCUUUUUCACAGCCAAAGCAUUGAAUAUGGCAAUACCUGGUGGACCCAAAUUUGAGCCUCUCAUCAAGGACAUGAACCCAGCUGAUGAAGACUGGAACGAGUUUAACGAUAUAAACAAAAUAAUAAUUAGACAGCCAAUUAGGACAGAGUACAGGAUAGCCUUUCCUUACCUUUACAACAACAUGCCUCACUUUGUUCAUUUGUCUUGGUAUCACACCCCAAAUGUCGUCUACAUAAAAACAGAAGAUCCUGACUUACCAGCCUUCUAUUUCGACCCCCUAAUCAAUCCCAUUUCCCAUCGACACGCUGUAAAAAGUCUGGAACCCCUUCCAGAAGAUGAUGAAGAAUAUAUUCUUCCAGAAGCUGUGCAACCAUUCCUUUUGGAGACCCCUCUUUACACAGACAAUACUGCUAAUGGAAUAGCCCUUCUUUGGGCCCCAAGACCCUUUAAUUUACGUUCAGGACGCACACGAAGGGCUAUCGACGUGCCUUUGGUAAAAUCGUGGUACCAAGAACACUGUCCUCCAGGACAGCCUGUCAAGGUUCGGGUCAGCUAUCAAAAACUGCUUAAAUAUUUCGUUUUGAACGCCCUGAAACAUAGACCUCCUAAAGCACAGAAAAAACGAUAUUUAUUCCGGUCUUUCAAAGCAACCAAAUUCUUCCAAACAACCACUCUUGAUUGGGUAGAGGCUGGUCUACAGGUGUGUCGUCAAGGGUACAAUAUGCUCAAUCUCCUCAUCCAUCGAAAAAACUUAAACUACUUACAUUUGGACUACAACUUCAACUUGAAACCUGUCAAAACCCUUACAACAAAGGAAAGAAAGAAGUCCAGAUUUGGAAAUGCGUUCCAUUUGUGUAGAGAAAUCUUAAGACUGACAAAGUUAAUAAUCGAUUCUCAUGUUCAGUACCGACUAAACAACGUUGACGCAUUCCAGCUUGCAGACGGUCUUCAGUAUAUUUUUGCACAUGUAGGCCAACUAACAGGAAUGUAUAGGUACAAGUACAAGCUAAUGAGACAAAUUAGAAUGUGCAAAGACUUAAAACAUCUAAUCUAUUACCGAUUUAACACUGGCCCGGUUGGUAAAGGUCCUGGUUGUGGAUUCUGGGCCCCCGGCUGGCGCGUGUGGCUGUUCUUCAUGCGUGGCAUCACUCCUCUUUUGGAACGAUGGCUCGGUAAUCUUUUAUCGAGACAGUUUGAGGGUCGACAUUCAAAAGGUGUUGCCAAAACUGUUACGAAACAAAGAGUGGAGUCGCAUUUCGAUCUCGAGCUAAGGGCUUCUGUCAUGCACGAUAUUGUGGACAUGAUGCCCGAAGGUAUCAAGCAAAAUAAGGCCCGAACUAUUCUACAGCAUCUAUCAGAAGCAUGGAGGUGCUGGAAGGCCAACAUUCCGUGGAAGGUUCCUGGAUUACCAAUACCGAUUGAAAACAUGAUUUUGAGAUAUGUGAAGAUGAAGGCUGACUGGUGGACUAACACGGCCCAUUACAACAGAGAAAGAAUACGUAGGGGUGCUACUGUAGACAAAACAGUGUGCAAAAAGAAUUUGGGACGUCUGACCAGGUUGUAUCUCAAAGCUGAACAAGAAAGACAACACAAUUAUUUAAAAGAUGGACCGUAUAUAUCUCCCGAAGAAGCCGUGGCUAUUUACACGACGACAGUACAUUGGUUGGAGUCUAGACGUUUCGCCCCCAUUCCGUUUCCUCCUUUGUCUUACAAACAUGACACGAAACUCCUUAUCCUGGCUCUGGAAAGGCUUAAAGAAGCCUACAGUGUCAAGUCUCGUCUGAACCAGAGCCAAAGGGAAGAAUUAGGAUUGAUAGAACAGGCUUAUGACAACCCUCACGAGGCCCUGUCGAGGAUAAAACGACACCUUUUGACUCAGAGAGCAUUUAAAGAGGUCGGUAUUGAAUUCAUGGAUCUGUACAGUCACUUGAUACCAGUGUACGACGUAGAGCCUUUGGAAAAAAUCACUGAUGCUUACUUGGAUCAGUAUCUAUGGUACGAAGCCGACAAAAGACGCCUGUUUCCUCCAUGGAUCAAACCGGCUGAUACUGAACCUCCACCCCUUCUGGUUUACAAGUGGUGUCAAGGUAUUAACAACCUGCAGGACAUUUGGGACGUAUCAGAAGGCGAGUGUAACGUCCUGUUAGAAUCAAAGUUCGAAAAACUGUAUGAAAAAAUCGACUUGACCCUACUGAAUCGUCUCCUCCGUCUAAUUGUCGACCACAACAUCGCCGACUACAUGACAGCCAAGAACAACGUUGUCAUCAAUUAUAAAGACAUGAACCAUACAAACAGCUAUGGUAUAAUAAGGGGGCUCCAAUUCGCUUCUUUCAUUACUCAGUAUUACGGUUUGGUCCUUGAUCUUCUCGUCUUGGGUUUACAACGGGCGAGCGAAAUGGCAGGUCCCCCACAAAUGCCCAACGAUUUUCUUACUUAUCAGGACACCGCAACUGAAACGUGUCAUCCAAUACGGUUAUACUGCAGAUAUGUGGAUCGCAUACACAUAUUCUUUAGAUUCACUGCGGACGAGGCCAGGGAACUUAUACAAAGAUACCUGACAGAGCAUCCCGAUCCCAACAACGAAAAUAUUGUUGGUUACAAUAACAAAAAGUGUUGGCCAAGGGAUGCUAGGAUGAGGCUUAUGAAACACGAUGUCAAUUUGGGUCGAGCUGUGUUCUGGGACAUCAAAAACCGUCUACCUCGUUCAGUGACCACCAUACAAUGGGAAAACAGCUUCGUGAGCGUUUAUUCCAAAGAUAAUCCAAAUUUGUUGUUUAACAUGUGUGGAUUUGAAUGUCGUAUAUUACCAAAGUGUCGCACACAACACGAAGAAUUCACUCACCGAGAUGGUGUAUGGAACUUACAGCACGAGGGAAGCAAAGAACGAACCGCCCAAUGUUUCUUAAGGGUCGAUGACGAAUCAAUGCAAAGGUUCCAUAACAGAGUCAGACAGAUUCUUAUGGCAUCAGGAUCCACUACAUUCACAAAGAUUGUAAACAAAUGGAACACAGCUCUCAUUGGUUUGAUGACAUAUUUUCGUGAGGCUGUUGUCAACACCCAAGAACUGUUAGAUCUUCUUGUAAAAUGCGAAAAUAAAAUUCAAACUCGUAUAAAAAUCGGCUUAAACUCCAAAAUGCCCAGCAGAUUUCCCCCCGUAGUUUUCUACACCCCUAAAGAACUCGGAGGUCUCGGAAUGUUGUCCAUGGGACACGUUCUUAUACCACAAUCUGAUCUGCGAUGGUCAAAACAAACCGAUGUAGGAAUCACCCAUUUCCGGUCCGGUAUGAGCCACGACGAGGACCAGCUCAUCCCAAAUUUAUAUCGUUACAUUCAACCGUGGGAAUCCGAAUUUAUAGAUUCCCAAAGAGUCUGGGCAGAGUACGCACUAAAGAGGCAAGAGGCCAACGCACAAAACAGGCGGCUCACAUUAGAAGACUUGGAAGAUUCGUGGGACCGUGGGAUCCCCAGAAUUAAUACUCUCUUUCAAAAAGACAGGCACACGUUGGCAUACGAUAAGGGUUGGCGUAUAAGGACUGAAUUCAAGCAGUAUCAGGUCCUGAAGCAGAACCCGUUCUGGUGGACGCAUCAGAGACAUGAUGGUAAACUUUGGAACCUUAACAAUUACAGAACUGAUAUGAUUCAGGCCUUGGGAGGUGUUGAGGGUAUCCUAGAACACACCCUCUUCAAGGGGACAUAUUUUCCAACGUGGGAAGGUCUUUUCUGGGAAAAGGCGUCAGGUUUCGAGGAAUCUAUGAAAUACAAGAAACUGACUAACGCUCAAAGAUCCGGUCUUAAUCAGAUUCCCAAUCGUCGUUUCACCCUCUGGUGGUCACCGACUAUCAACAGGGCUAACGUUUACGUCGGUUUCCAAGUCCAACUCGACCUUACUGGUAUUUUUAUGCAUGGUAAAAUACCUACGCUGAAAAUCUCACUCAUUCAGAUAUUCCGAGCCCAUUUGUGGCAAAAAGUACACGAAUCUAUAGUCAUGGAUCUUUGUCAGGUUUUCGAUCAAGAACUGGACGCAUUAGAAAUAGAAACAGUCCAAAAGGAAACAAUCCAUCCCAGGAAGUCCUACAAAAUGAACUCUUCGUGUGCCGACAUUCUUCUUUUCUCAGCAUACAAAUGGAAUGUUUCAAGACCCUCCCUGCUUGCAGAUACCAAAGAUACGAUGGACAACACAACAACACAGAAGUACUGGAUCGACGUGCAACUUCGAUGGGGGGAUUACGAUUCCCACGACAUUGAACGGUACGCCCGAGCCAAAUUCCUGGACUACACGACAGAUAACAUGUCAAUAUAUCCUUCCCCCACAGGAGUUUUGAUCGCUAUCGAUCUGGCUUACAAUUUACACAGUGCUUAUGGUAAUUGGUUCCCUGGUUGCAAACCGCUCAUCCAGCAAGCAAUGGCUAAAAUAAUGAAGGCCAACCCUGCUCUAUACGUGUUACGUGAACGCAUUCGAAAAGCUUUGCAGUUGUACUCCAGUGAACCCACAGAACCUUAUCUGUCCAGUCAAAAUUACGGGGAAUUGUUCUCUAAUCAAAUCAUUUGGUUUGUGGACGACACAAACGUAUACAGGGUCACAAUUCAUAAGACAUUUGAGGGCAAUUUGACCACGAAACCCAUCAACGGGGCUAUCUUCAUAUUUAAUCCUAGAACUGGGCAACUUUUCUUAAAGAUUAUUCACACAAGUGUAUGGGCAGGACAGAAACGUCUUGGACAGUUAGCAAAAUGGAAAACUGCUGAAGAAGUCGCCGCCCUUAUUCGUUCUCUCCCAGUAGAAGAACAGCCUAAACAGAUCAUUGUAACCAGAAAGGGAAUGUUGGAUCCAUUGGAGGUGCAUCUUCUGGAUUUCCCCAACAUCGUAAUUAAAGGAUCAGAAUUACAACUACCUUUCCAAGCCUGUCUCAAAGUCGAAAAGUUUGGCGACCUCAUACUAAAAGCUACAGAGCCUCAAAUGGUACUCUUCAACUUAUACGAUGACUGGCUGAAAACCAUUUCGUCUUACACGGCAUUCUCCCGUUUAAUCUUGAUCUUAAGGGCUCUACAUGUCAACACUGAAAGGACAAAGAUUAUUUUGAAACCAGACAAGACAACUAUUACCGAACCUCAUCAUAUAUGGCCCACGCUAACUGACGAAGAAUGGAUCAAAGUGGAAGUUCAAUUAAAAGACCUCAUUUUAGCCGAUUAUGGAAAGAAGAACAAUGUAAACGUGGCUUCUCUGACUCAGUCGGAAAUCCGUGAUAUAAUUCUGGGUAUGGAAAUCAGCGCCCCUUCGGCACAACGCCAACAGAUCGCAGAAAUCGAAAAACAAACGAAAGAACAGUCGCAAUUAACAGCCACAACAACCAGAACGGUCAACAAGCACGGAGACGAAAUCAUCACAAGCACCACGAGCAAUUACGAGACACAAACGUUCAGUUCAAAGACCGAGUGGCGAGUAAGGGCCAUUUCAGCCACCAAUCUACAUCUGCGUACGAACCACAUCUAUGUCAGUUCAGACGACAUCAAAGAAACUGGUUACACGUACAUUCUACCCAAGAACGUGCUCAAAAAGUUCGUCACCAUCUCAGAUCUCAGAGCUCAGAUCUGUGCCUUUUUGUACGGCGUGAGUCCUCCAGAUAACCCUCAAGUCAAAGAACUACGGUGUCUAGUGUUACCCCCACAAUGGGGCACUCAUCAGACCGUGCAUAUUCCCCACACACCUCCAAAUCAUCCCUUCUUAAAGGACAUGGAACCUCUAGGUUGGAUUCAUACUCAGCCCAACGAACUGCCCCAAUUGUCGCCCCAAGACAUCACUACCCACGCCCGUCUUAUGGCCGAUAAUCCAGCAUGGGACGGAGAGAAAACCAUUAUAAUAACAUGCUCAUUCACCCCCGGUUCGUGCUCUCUCACGGCAUACAAAUUAACGCCUUCUGGAUACGAAUGGGGAAGGCAGAACACAGACAAAGGGAAUAAUCCGAAAGGAUACCUGCCAAGUCAUUAUGAAAAGGUGCAGAUGUUGCUGUCUGACAGAUUCCUCGGGUUCUUCAUGGUGCCCGCACAGGGCAGUUGGAAUUAUAACUUUAUGGGUGUCCGGCAUGAUCCUAACAUGAAGUAUGAAUUGCAAUUGGCAAAUCCAAAAGAAUUUUAUCACGAAGUCCACAGACCUGCCCAUUUCCUAAACUUUUCUUCAUUAGAAGACGGCGAUGGAAGCGGAGCAGAUAGAGAAGAUGCUUUCGCGUAAAAAUUGUUAUUUUCUUAUUUUAUUCGUGUGGUUUAGAGAUAAUUAUUUCUUUCAUGUUGAAACUAUGACCAAUAUGUUAUUUCUUCACCUAAUUUAGCCAAUUAGUAUUUGUAUUAAGAUAAUAUUGUAAAUAAACAAACAUAAACGUC